UCUUUUUUCCAAUACAAAUAACUACUAUGCACAGUAUGAAACAUAAAUCUGUCCUAAAUUGUUUCCUUGAUGUUUUUAUUUCCCAGUUAUUUUCACCGUAUUUGAAAUACCCUCUGUAAUGUGUUCCUUUGAAUAUUAGAAUAACUGGCUGUUCACACUGACCAUAUGAAGUGUUGUUUUGAUUAAUUCAUACUCACUUAGUCACAACCCCAAAUUGACUGAUAAAAGCAAUUUGAAAAAUGUUUUGACCUUUAAAUUGGAAAAGACAAUUCUACAACUUUUCUAUUUUUUUUUUUGUGAUUAUAAAUAAUCUGUAGGUCCUCAUUCUGACACCGUUAGCAGAAAAGUUAUUAUGUUAUUAUUAAGAUUAGAAUUACCCAUUAGGAUUUCUGCUGGGCAGCGCCUAAUACAAAUUGCUUCUCAUGGAGUGGACGUAGUAUAGGUCAGCUGCAGUAUGAAGCACAAAACAACAGGAGCACCAUCUAAGUUUUGAAUUGGACCGUCUGAUUCUUUGAUGCGCAUGUGAAGACCCGUCUCCAGCUUUCCUCACCUCUUCGUGACUGAUAGAGAGAGUUAGCGAUCAAAGCUUUCAUCUGGAUUCAAUAUGUUGGUCUAAUGAUGGACAGAGAAGGUGAUCCUUAUGUUAUUUUCAUGUGCUUGAUGUGUGAGAGGUUCACAGCUCAUAGAUAUUCAAAAUGUGAGUCAGAUAUAUGAUUGAAGCGCUCAGGAUCAAGUUUUCUUAAUAAAUUGUGGGAUUGAUCUGUUUGUAUCUUUGGAGUUCUCAGUAUGUACCUUUUUUAAGGCAGUAGUUUGUUUCAUCAAAGUUGAGGUCCUCCCUCAGGUGUGAGCCGACGUCACAGCUAGUUGGGCAGCUGCUUGUCCUUCUUCUCCUUUCCUUUCAGGCCUUCAAUCAAUAAUUCAUCUGGCCCGGUCAUAUCGAUGGCACCUACUCCCUUUUCGGUACCCCUCGCUCACUCGUUCUUUCCACGAAAACCGUUGAUGACAAGGGGGUAAAAGAGCUCAUUAAUGAAUGACAGGAGAAGGGAGAGAGCAAGGAAAGCACUAUCAUUCUAUCAGACAGGUGUCGUCGGCCUUCUGGAGAACAGCAGGGACAGAGGGACUGCAGUGAAGGUGACUUUCACUGCUUUAAGACGGUGACACCCAAACGAUAAGAUACUUCUGAGGAGACUUCAGAAUUUUGAAUGGGAUCACAGCCUCUUUACGGAAGUUCGUUUUAUCCCUGUAGUUAAUGUUUUUUUAAGGCUUUCUCUCUUCUCGAAGUUCAUAUUGUCUUUGAAAUCGAUCACUAUGUCUGGAGCCACCAGUGACCAGCUGCACAGAUCCACUUUAUCUGUCUACUUGAACCUGAUGGAGCACUUCAAUCCUGGCCUCCAGAAGCUUGUUGCUCUGGGAAACAGCUAUGUCAAAGCUUUCCAAGCCUUGGCUGUUUGCAGCGAGGCCUACUUCAGCGCUGUGGCUAAGAUGGGUGACCAGGCCCUUCACACACUCUCAUCUCGCUCUCUUGGGGAUGUCCUGAUCCAGAUAUCGGAAACACAGAGGAGACUCACUGCAGAGAUGGAGGGAGUGUUUCGGUGGUUUCAGAUAGAAGUGUUACAAGCCAUGGAGAAGAAUGUCAAGUUGGAUGAGGAGUACAUUGAUGGUAGCCGCAGAGUGUAUGAGCUGGAGGUAAGGAACCAGGCAGAAGCUUUGGAGAAACAACUCAGACGAGGAGCCUACAGAGACUCUCUGGAGAACAGCGAGUACAUGCAGUACCUGAGGCAGAGCCAGCAGGAGAUCCUGAAGGAGGAGGAGAGGAGGUAUCGCUUCUUAGCGGAGAAACACUGUGGCCUCACUCAGUCCCUUCUCUUCCUUAUUAACAAGACUGGUGCAUCUCUCCAGCAAAAGGCAGAUGGAUGGAAGGAGAAAGUGAAUGAGACCAGAGGAUCCAGACCUCGAACUCCUACACAUUUGGACCAAGAGGCCCAGCUGCGAGGUUCAGUGAGCUCUCUGCUGCAGACGGUAGCCAGAGAUGAAGACAUGUCCUGGGCCAGGAGGGAGCAGCAGGCGCUGGGCAGAGUGCCCUCUAGAGCACCGUCUCCCCUUCCCAGCCGUUCUCGAUCCAGCUCAGUUGGGGAAUCUCUGGGUCUGGGUGGAGGGAGAGCCAUGAGAGCCCUGGUGUCUCACCCCUCCUCCUCCAACCCAAAGCUUCUACCUUUCAACAGGGGAGAGACUGUAACUGUACUGGUCCAGGAGCCCCGCAAUGGCUGGCUGUAUGGACGCACUGACAGCAGCCUGCGUCAGGGCUGGUUCCCAGCUGCUUAUGUGGCCCCUAUUGAGGAUUUCUCCAACACUUUAGCAACAAGUGGUGGUUCACUAAGAAGCCACAGUAUGAAUAAUCUGCUGGACCCCACUGACACCUACAGCGACCAAUCAGAGAGCAAGAGUUAUGGUGAUGUCCCGCCGCCAGCCACACCCAACCGCCGAGCCUCCGUAGAUGUCCGGCCGAUCUCGCCUCUCCCUGAGAAGAAGCUGGAGCCGACUGUGGAGACAAAGCCCGGUCAGAUGAAAAGCUACAACGAACAUCCACCUCCACCUCCUCCUCCACCGCCGCCUCCUCCAUCCUCGAGCCAGAAUCUUAGAAGGGGCUCUGUAGAUUUUAGACCGGUCUCUCCCAUCCCUGAAAGGAAGGACUCAGCUUCGGAUAUCCAGGCAUUGUCACCUCAUGGACCACCUGAAAAUCCACUGUUUCCCAGAGGCACAAACCCAUUCGCCACCGUCAAGCUGCGCCCCACGACAACCAAUGACAGAUCUGCUCCUCGGAUCCUCUGAUCCCGGCACAGUUUUUAACCAGGACUGCCAGAUGAGGCUGUGGAUGUGAGAUAUACAUUUAUGUUUCAGGAGAAUGUAAAGACUUCUCUGAGACGUGAUGCUUUUACCCAGAAGGCCAGAGGAAGGUUUGGCGAGAUUUUUUUCUACAGUGUUGGAUAAAAUAAAGCAUUUCUUGCACCAAAAGCCAACAGGAUACUGUAGUAAAGUUAAUUUAACAUCAGAACCCCAAUUUUAUCAACAAUUUGUACAGUACUUAACUUUUUAUAUAGAUAGGUCUGUUUGUUUCUUAUAGUAGAAAUACUAAAUAGAAUCGUUACACAUUUUGGGAAACAUGCAUACUUGCUUUCUUUCUCACAAUUCAAUGAGAAGACUAAUACUGCUCUUAUAUAAGUCUGCAGCUGGUUAGCUUAGCAUAGAGACUGGAAACGGGUGUGAACAGCCCAGGUGAUUCUGCUCAGGGGAAACCAAAUCCACCUGCCAGCACUUUCAACCUGCCACAACAUUUUCAACACAGACAAAAUCAAAAUAAAUCUGAAUUUUUUAAGAUGUAAUCCUUUCAAAUCUGACUUUGGUCACUUUUAUAUUUGAUCCUAAACACGCUGUGACACACAUGGGAUCUCUCACAGUUCCUCUUCAAGCCUGCAGCUCACCCAGUGAUUGUAAAUGUGUAAUCCUCUUCAGCCCUCUGUGAUUGACAUGUCUUGCGAUGUUUGGUUC